UCGCGGUUUAGAAAGAGCCCGAGGGCCGAUCUGACUAAAGCGACGGGAGUAGGAUCCCCUGUCGUCAUAAUUAGAUACCUAACCGGCGAUCUGAUAAUAUCAAGCAAUGCAGUGUCCGGACAAAUAGCCAAGACUUUCAUCGCGACUUAUUCUCUUUGGCUCGAGUUUAAUUAAGCUCCUUAUGUAGCCCAUAUUCAAGACUUCAGGUGACCAUGGACGACGAGAAACCGACUCUACGGGAUCUAGAUGUCCCAGGGGGCUUCUCAGAGACGCACUCAGCUUUAUCUGAGCAGGGGACAAGCACUUAUGAACCACACUCCGGAGCCUCUGCCCUCUCGGGGGAAGCGAAUUACUCGUCCAGCAGCAUCUCAACUACAGCCGAUGGCGGGACCGAUGCCAAGAGGCCAGAUUCGGCUCCUUACGAUAAGACGACGACAUCUCAUCCCGGCGACACUCGCUAUGAACCGUUGAAGACAGCAGCCACCGGCAAUGACCAGAAGCAAAACGAGGCGACGCAGCAAUCAGCGUCCUUCCGCAACGAAGACGACCUCCUACGCGUUCUGUCCCGACGCCGCACCAACGCCACCAGCGACGGUGGCUCGGACGACGCCGGGGAGCAGCAGGAGAUCGACCGGCUCAUGUCGCGGAUAUUCGGCACGGCGCGGCGAGAGCAGAGCGAGGAGGAGAAGACGCGGCACCGCGGGGUCGUCUUCCGCGACCUGACCGUCCGCGGCGUCGGCCUGGGUGCGAGCCUGCAGCCGACCGUCGGCGACUUCUUCCUCGGCCUGCCGCGCUUGCUCCACCGGAUGGCGACCAUGGGUCCCCGGGCCGCCGUCGCGAAACCGCCCGUCCGCGAGCUCAUCAGCCACCUGGAUGGCUGUGUGCGGCCCGGGGAGCUGCUUCUGGUGCUCGGGCGGCCCGGCGCCGGGUGCAGUACCUUCCUCAAGGCGUUUUGUAACCAGCGGGCUGGGUUCGAGGCCGUCGAGGGGGAGGUGACGUACGGCGGUACGGAUGCGAAGACGGUGGCUAGGGACUUCCGCGGAGAGGUCAUCUACAACCCCGAGGAUGACCUGCACUACGCCACCCUGUCGGUGCGGAGGACCUUGACGUUUGCGCUCCAGACGAGGACCCCGGGGAAGGAAUCGAGACUCGAGGGCGAGAGCCGCCGCGACUACGUCAGGGAGUUUCUGAGGGUCGUCACCAAGCUGUUCUGGAUAGAGCACACCCUCGGCACAAAGGUCGGCAACGAGUUCGUCCGGGGCGUCUCGGGCGGCGAGCGGAAGCGGGUGAGCAUCGCCGAGGCCAUGAUCACGCGCGCGUCGGUGCAGGGGUGGGACAACUCGAGCCGCGGCCUCGACGCCAGCACAGCGGUCGAGUACCUCCGGUCAAUCCGCGCCAUGACCAACAUGGCCAAGACGUCCACCGCCGUGUCGCUGUACCAGGCCGGCGAGACGCUGUACGAGAUGGUGGACAAGGUCCUACUAAUCGACCACGGCCGGUGCCUGUACUUUGGCCCCGCCGAGAAGGCGAAGCAGUACUUCCUCGAUCUGGGCUUCGACUGCCCCGAGCGGUGGACGACGGCCGACUUCCUGACCUCGGUCACGGACGAGCACGAGCGCAGCAUCCGGUCCGGGUGGGAGGACCGCAUCCCGCGGACGGCGGGCGAGUUCGACGAGGCGUACCGCGGGAGCGACGCCUACCGGCUGAACCUGCGGGACAUGGACGACUUCGCGGCCGAGGUGCGACAGCAGGCCGAGCAGCGCCGGCAGCGGCAGCAGAACAAGUCGAAGAAGUCGCAGCAGAAGAACUACGAGAUCCCCUUCCACAAGCAGGUCAUCGCGUGCACGCGGCGGCAGUUCCACGUCCUGGCCGGUGACAGGGCGUCGCUGUUCGGCAAAUGGGGCGGCGUGCUGUUCCAGGGCCUCAUCGUCGGCAGCCUCUUCUUCAACCUGCCCAGCACGGCCGCGGGCGCGUUCCCGCGGGGCGGCACGCUCUUCUUCCUGCUGCUCUUCAACGCGCUGCUGGCGCUGGCGGAGCAGACGGCGGCCUUCGAGUCGAAGCCCAUCCUGCUCAAGCACAAGUCCUUCUCCUUCUACCGGCCAGCGGCGUUCGCCAUCGCGCAGACCGUCGUCGACGUGCCGCUCGUCUUCAUGCAGGUGGUGCUGUUUAACAUCAUCAUCUACUUCAUGGCGCACCUGUCGCGCACGGCGUCGCAGUUCUUCAUCGCCACGCUGAUCCUCUGGCUCGUCACCAUGGUGACGUACGCCUUCUUCCGCGCCAUCUCGGCCUGGUGCACGACCCUCGACACGGCGACGCGCUUCACCGGCGUGGCGGUGCAAAUCGUGGUCGUGUACACGGGCUACCUCAUCCCGCCGGGCUCCAUGCACCCCUGGUUCAGCUGGCUGCGCUGGAUCAACUGGAUCCAGUACGGCUUCGAGUGCCUCAUAUCCAACGAGUUUGCCGGCCUCGACCUGCUGUGCGUGCCGCCGUACCUGGUCCCCUCGGGGCCCGGCACCCAGCCGCAGUUCCAGGGCUGCACCCUCGCCGGGGCGACGCUGGGCGACACCUCCGUCCAGGGCUCGGCGUACAUCAAGUCGUCUUUCUCGUACACGCGGGCUCACCUGUGGCGCAACUUUGGCUUCCUCUGGGCCUUCUUCUUGUUCUUCGUCUUCCUGACGGCGCUGGGCAUGGAGAUGAUGAAGCCCAAUAUGGGGAGCGGCUCCACCACCGUGUUUAAACGCGGCCAGGUGCCCAAGACGGUCGAGGCCUCGAUUGCCACGGGUGGGCGGGAGAGGAAGGGGGAGAAGAAGAGCGUCGAUGAGGAGUCUGGACAGGUGACGCCGGCGGUGGCCGACGGUGGGGAGACGAGUGAGAACGGCAAUGGAGAUGCUGCGAAGGAGGUUGCGAAGAACGAGACCGUUUUUACCUUCCGCGACGUGAACUACGCCAUCCCUUUCGAGAAAGGGCAUAAGCAGCUGCUGCAGGAUGUCCAGGGUUACGUGCGGCCAGGGAAGCUGACGGCACUUAUGGGGGCCUCAGGUGCCGGCAAGACGACGCUACUAAAUGCUCUAGCCCAGCGCCUCAACUUCGGGACUGUGACGGGCGAGUUCCUAGUCGACGGCCGGCCCUUGCCGAGAUCGUUCCAGCGAGCCACAGGCUUUGCCGAGCAGAUGGAUAUCCACGAGCCUACAGCCACCGUUCGCGAGGCUCUCCAGUUCUCGGCCCAGCUUCGGCAGCCCCGCGAAGUGCCGCUUCAGGAGAAGAUGGACUACUGCGAGACCAUAAUCGACCUGCUCGAGAUGCGCGGCAUAGCCGGUGCCACCAUUGGCAAAGUCGGCGAGGGACUGAACCAGGAGCAGCGCAAACGGCUGACCAUUGGCGUGGAGCUGGCGUCCAAGCCGGAGCUGCUGAUGUUCCUCGACGAGCCAACCUCAGGUCUUGACUCCGGAGCCGCCUUCAAUAUUGUCCGAUUCCUGCGCAAGCUUGCCGAUGCGGGCCAGGCGGUGCUGUGCACCAUCCACCAGCCGUCGGCGGUGCUGUUUGAAUAUUUCGACGAGCUUCUUCUCCUCAAGUCCGGCGGCCGUGUCGUCUACCACGGGCCUCUCGGCCAUGACAGCAAGGAGCUGAUCCAGUAUUUCGAGUCCAACGGGGCGCCCAAAUGCCCGCCCACCGCCAACCCGGCCGAGUACAUGCUGGAUUCCAUCGGCGCGGGAGACCCCGACUACCAUGGGCAAGACUGGGGCGACGUGUGGAUGCAGUCACCAGAGAGGAAGGACCGGUCGCGGGAGAUGGAGGACAUGAUCUCGCAGCGCCGAACCGCCGAGCCGCCGCCGAGCCUCUCGGACGACCGCGAGUACGCGAUGCCGCUGGGGGCGCAGACGCGGGCGGUGGUGCGGCGGUCGCUGGUGGGGUACUGGCGGCGGCCCAACUACGUGUUCGGCAAGAUGAUGCUGCACGUGCUGACGGGCCUGUUCAACUGCUUCACCUUCUUCCACGUGGGGCGCACGUCCAUCGACUACCAGAACCGGCUCUUCUCCAUCUUCAUGACGCUGACCAUCAGCCCGCCGCUGAUCCAGCAGCUGCAGCCCGUCUUCCUCGACUCGCGCCAGGUCUUCCAGUGGCGCGAGAACAACGCAAAGGUCUACAGCUGGGCGGCCUGGACGACGGGCGCCGUCAUCGCCGAGAUCCCCUACGCCAUCGUCGCCGGCGGCAUCUACUUCAACUGCUGGUGGUGGGGGGUCUUUGGCUGGCGGGCCGCGAGCUUCACGUCGGGCUUCGCCUUCAUGAUGAUCAUCCUCUUCGAGCUGUACUACGUCAGCUUCGGCCAGGCCAUCGCCGCCUUCGCCCCCAACAAGCUCCUGGCCUCGCUGCUCGUGCCCGUCUUCUUCAUCUUCGUCGUCAGCUUCUGCGGCGUCGUCGUCCCUGCCCAGCAGCUGCCCACCUUCUGGCGCUCCUGGAUGUACUGGCUCACCCCCUUCCACUACCUGCUCGAGGCCCUGCUCGCCGCCUCCAUCCACGACCAGCCGGUUAAGUGUAGCCAGAGCGAGUUCGCCCGCUUCCGGUCCCCGCCGGGCCAGACGUGCGACCGGUAUGCCGGGCCCUACGUCGCGCGGGCCGGGGGGUAUGUGCAGACCGGGGCGGGUGGAGUCUGCGAGUUGUGCCAGUACGCCACGGGGGACCAGUUCGGGGCGACGUUCAGCGUCUUCUACAGCCACAUCUGGCGUGACUUUGGAAUAUUCAUUGGGUUUAUCAUCUUCAACUAUGCGGUUGUGUACUUUGCUACCUGGAUGAGGUUUAGGGGGAAGAAUGUGUUUAAAAGGGUCCUGCAAAGGAGGAAGGCAACUUAAGAGCAGAGGUCGGCUUGGUUAUUAUCAUCUUCAACAGUUGUUCAUCAUAAGCCUCUUUGUCCUGUAUUAUGCGGUUUAGGAACUCGGCAGUCUGU